AUGAUGGACCUGAAAGUGGACGAGGAGGAGGUGGAGAAUGGCCAUCCAGUCAGUAUCCAGGCCUUUGCCAGUAGCUCCACUCUGCAUGGCCUGUCCCACAUCAUCUCCUAUGAGAGGUUCUCCUUCAAGCGCAUCCUCUGGACUCUCUGCUUCCUGGGCUCUGUGGCCCUGUUGGCCUAUGUCUGCACGGAGAGGAUCCAAUACUACUUCCUCUACCCUCAUGUCACCAAGCUGGAUGAAGUGGCCACAACCAGGUUGACCUUCCCUGCCGUCACUUUCUGCAACCUCAAUGAAUUCCGCUUCAGCCGUGUAACAAAGAAUGACCUGUACCAUGCUGGGGAGCUCCUCACUCUGCUCAAUAACAGGUAUGAGAUCCCAGACACCCAGAUGGCCGAUGAGAAGCAGCUGGAGAUCCUACACGAUAAGGCCAACUUCCGAAACUUCAAGCCAAAGCCCUUCAACAUGCUGGAGUUUAAUGAUCGGGCUGGCCAUGAUAUCCGGGAGAUGCUGCUGUCCUGCUUCUUCCGUGGAAUGGAAUGCAACCCAGAGGACUUCAAAGUGGUCUUCACACGCUAUGGCAAGUGUUACACAUUCAACUCCGGACAGGAUGGGAAGCCCCGGCGCAUCACCAUGAAGGGUGGCACCGGCAAUGGCCUGGAGAUCAUGCUGGACAUUCAGCAAGACGAGUACCUGCCUGUCUGGGGGGAGACAGAUGAGACCUCGUUUGAAGCUGGGAUCAAAGUGCAGAUUCACAGCCAGGAUGAACCUCCCUUAAUUGACCAGCUGGGCUUUGGGGUGGCGCCUGGAUUCCAGACCUUUGUGUCCUGCCAGGAGCAGCGGCUGAUCUACCUUCCCCCGCCCUGGGGUAACUGCCAGUCCAUAACCAGAGACUCUGAGUUCUACGACACCUACAGCAUCGCGGCCUGUCGCAUUGACUGUGAGACCCGCUACCUGGUGGAGAACUGCAACUGCCGCAUGGUGCACAUGCGAGGCGAUGCCCCCUAUUGCACCCCCGAGCAGUACAAGGAGUGCGCGGACCCGGCCUUAGAUUUCCUGCUGGAGAAGGACAACGAUUACUGUGUCUGUGAGAUGCCCUGCAACGUCACCCGCUUUGGCAAGGAGCUGUCCAUGGUGAAAAUCCCCAGCAAGGCCUCAGCCAAGUACCUGGCCAAGAAAUACAACAAGUCGGAGCAGUACAUCGGGGAGAACUUUCUGGUGCUGGAUAUCUUCUUUGAAGCCCUGAACUAUGAGACAAUUGAGCAGAAGAAGGCCUACGAGGUGGCUGGCUUGCUGGGCGACAUUGGUGGGCAGAUGGGGCUGUUCAUUGGGGCCAGCAUCCUGACCGUGCUGGAGCUGUUCGAUUAUGCCUAUGAGGUCAUAAAGUACAAGCUUUGUCGCCGGGCCAAAUGCCAAAAGAAUCACAAAAGGAACAACACAGACAAGGGCGUCGCCCUGAGCAUGGACGAUGUGAAACGCCAUAAUCCCUGCGAGAGCCUAAGGGGCCACCCAGCCGGGAUGACGUAUGCAGCCAACAUCCUACCUCAUCACCCGGCCCGGGGCACGUUUGAGGACUUCACCUGCUAA